GACGACCCCGCCGCCCACUGCGAUUCGCUCGCUCGGAGCAUCCAUCGGAUCGGAUACUCUACUCUACUAGCGUGUAGCGUAUCACGAGGCGUCGCCGGCGGCCAUGCCGGUCUCGUUGCCGUCGCCGGCCGCCGUGAUCUCGGCACUGCCGCGCGCGCUCUCCCUCGCGGCCGCGGCAGUCGCGGCGGCCACCACGUCCCUCCUCCUCAUCUCCGCUGUCGUCUCCCGCUCCCACCACGUUGCCUCCUCCUCCUCGUCGCCUCCCCCGUCCAGCAGCGCCUCCACCACAGCCGCCCUGGCCCCGGCGCCAGCUCCCGACCCCGAGCACCACCACCCCCCGCCCCCUCCCGUUCCGCCAUGCCCACCCAACGCCACGCACCUCGUCCCUUGCCACGAGCUUCCCUCCGGUGAGCGCCACUGCCCCCCGCGCCCGCCUCCUCCUCCUCUUCACCCGCCGAAGGAACCUCCGCCACAUCCCCCGCACCCUCCGCCGCCCCCGCCGCACUGCCGCGUCCCGCCCCCGCCCAUGUACCGCCCGCCCCCGCCGUGGCCCGUGCGGCGCGAGCGCGCGCGGUACGCGAACGUGGAGCUUCCGCUGCUACCCGCGGCCAAGGUGGCGGCUGGCCAGGGCCCCGCUCGCGGGCGCGGGGAGUGGCUCGUGUUCCCCAAGGGGGUGCGAAAUUACGUCGAGCAGCUGGAGCGCGUGGUGCCGCUCCGCGGCGGCGUGGUGCGCACGGCGCUCGACGUCGGCUGCGGGGUUGCUAGCUUUGGAGACUACCUGUUGAACUAUGGCAUCCUUACCAUGUCCAUUGCUCCGAGGAAUAUACAUGGAGUACAAGUGCAGCUCGCGUUGGAGCGUGGAUUGCCUGCGAUGAUCGGAGUGCUCGGUGCUCACAGGCUGCCAUAUCCAUCGAGGUCAUUUGACAUGGUGCACUGUGCAAACUGCCUUGUUCCAUGGGCUGCUCAUGAUGGCCUCUAUAUGCUGGAAAUUGACCGCCUUCUCCAACCUGGUGGCUUUUGGGUUUUCUCUAAGCCACCCAUCAGCUGGAAAUCAUCAUACAAUGUUUCGAAUCAAGCGGUCAAGGACAUGCAGGACAGACAAUUAGCUAUGGAUGAUAUGGCGAAUAAGCUUCGUUGGACAAAGCUGACUGGUAAGAGCACAAUUGCUAUUUGGAGAAAGCCUCCUAAUCAUCUCCACUGUGACCAAGAAGAAAAGCUCCUGGGAUCGCCAUCAUUCUGUACAGGAGAUGACCCAGAUAGUGCUUGGUAUGUGAAUAUUUCAAUGUGUAUAACAUGUCUUCCAAGAGCUGAACUUGUUAAUGGUUGUGCUGGUGGUGCCGUGGAAAAGUGGCCUAAAAGACUUCAUGCAGUGCCACCAAGGAUAGUGAGAGGGGAAAUGAAGUGGUUGUCCAUUCAGACAUAUAAACACGACAGCUUGAUUUGGGAGAGAAGGGUUAAUUUCUACGUAACAUAUUUGAAAUAUUUAUCUAAUGGAACUUACAGAAAUGUCAUGGACAUGAAUGCUGGUUUUGGUGGCUUUGCUGCUGCUAUGUCCAAGUAUCCUGUUUGGGUCAUGAAUGUGGUUCCUGCAAAUAUAACAAACAAUACUCUUGGCAUCAUCUAUGAGCGUGGCCUGAUUGGUACAUACAUAGACUGGUGUGAGGCCUUCUCUACUUACCCACGAACAUAUGAUCUGAUCCAUGCAAAUGGAAUCUUCAGCUCGCAUAUUCACAAAUGUGGGAUUAUCGACAUCCUGGUUGAGAUGGAUCGCAUUCUCCGGCCAGGGGGAGCCGCUAUAGUUCGGGACAGAGCUGAUGUUGUUCUGAAAGUCAAGAAGGAUGCCGAUCGUCUAGGAUGGCAUAGCCGAAUUGUCGACACUGAAAAUGGGGCCUUGGAUCUUGAGAAGCUUCUCAUCGUGGAGAAGUCCCUUCCUCUCCCAGGGAGCUAAAACUAGUAGCAAGAACCAGGAUCAGUAAGCAUUUGAUGUCUUCGCGAUGAGGAAUUCUAGCACUUCUCACAUCUCCAGAAAGGUCGACUAAGAUCUCAUUACCUGUAUAGAUGAAAGUACAAAGGCGACUAGGAUGCUAUUACCUGUACAGAUGUAGGGUAUAAGGCGAUUGUACACUCAGAAUUGCAGAUCAAGAUAUAUGAUCGGUCCAAUAUAUUUGAGCUAUCGAGGUCAUGUUUGUUUC